AUUGUAAAGCAUAUUUUAUGUAAAAAAAAUUAAAUAUUCAAUGCAGGAAACAUUAUUAAGUAUAUUUCACAUAAUUAGUGCAGAUACUUUCUGUAUAUCAUUUAAUCAUUUUUUAAAAAAUUAUUUAUAUUACUACGCCGAAAUUUGACCUAUACUAUAAAUAGAAAUACGUAAUGUUGAAUUCCCGAUUUCUUUAUCUGUUUCUUGUAAAGUUACGGGAACCCCCAAUUUGUCUGCCUGAAAACCUAUUCUUUUGCCAUUCUUUCUGUUAGUUUCAGUUUUGUAAUUCAGUUUAUUUUCACGAAGGAAUUCAAGAAUCUUUUCACAGUUCUUGAUGUAUUUUCCGAAUUUGCCGAUAAAAUAAUUUUAUUCGUGUUUUAGUUUAGCUCUUCUUUUUACAUUAAAGAUGCAUUUCAGGAGCGCUCGGCUUAGGCUUUACCAUAACAAAAGGUGAGGCAUUCAUGAUUCAUUAGUCAAUGUCAUGAGCAUUAGGAAAUUAGGAGUAAUUUUCUGAUUUCAACAGAAACCAGGUCGAAAGUUGAAAAUAAUUUUCGGCAUAAACCGAAGCGUAAACCAAAAGCUUAACGCGGCUUUCGGUCGAAACAGAAUCCGAAAUCGAAAGAUUUAAAAAAUUUAAAACUCGUUUUCGCACACGUUCUGUGCACCACGAAAAAUUACUUAACUUCUCUGGCAAUUUUUAUUUAAAUUUAAGUGGCUUUUAUACAAUUUACUCAAGGAAGGGAAUCAACCCAUCCCCCAUAAUUUUUUUUUAUUGCAGUGUCAUUUUAAAUCAUGGGUAAGCUAAAAACGUCUUAAGUCUAAGUACUUUUUAUUUUAACCAACAAAACUUAUUGUGGCCUAAACAACCCCUUUUUACUAUCCAAAUUGGUUGGGGAUUAAUUUUGAAAUGGUCAGUAUUCACUUUCCCCUUGAUUGCUAGGCCUUUUCGCUUGUCAUCACACGCACACACACACACACACACACAUCGCCAGACGCAACCAAAAAAAAAAUUAAACAUUUUUUUUUAAUCUUCACCGUGAACGGCUCUCUAAACAAUCCACAUGAGAGAAUUAAUAGUCUGUUAUCUGAAUGUUACAAAGUGUGAAACCCAGCCAUUCCAUGGAAUCCCUAGGCAAAGUGUAUAUAUAGUAAAUAGCUUACGUAUGUAUUUUUAUACUUUACCUAGGCAUUCUAUAGAAGGGCUGGAUUACGCACUUCGCCUGUAACAUUUAAAUAUAGGUAUGAAGAAAUCUAAUCAUUUUUUAAAUUUUUGUAAUGUAAUUCCAAAAUACAGAAAUCAAUUCUAUACCAAAAAUUUUAAUCUAAGCUUGCUUCCGCCUACUAUCACUAGCUCUAGGCCUAAAAUAUUUUUUUUUAAAAAAGCUAUAGUAGGUUUAUAGUAUAUAUUAUAUAGCCUAAUAAACUAAUACUUUUAUAUUAGUAUCACUACAACUCUCACAAAAGCCUAAUUUAAGCUAGUAUUUUUUUUAAGAAUAAAUUUUAACUAAUUGAUAAUGUAAUAUUUAAUACUUAGCCCGCUUAACGUGUGUCCAUACACUUACACGUGACUAAGUUGGCGUGAUAUUUAAAAAAAAAAUAUAUUGCGUUGUCAAUGAAAACAUUUAUGAGCAUGAUAUUGAUAAUGAAGAAUUUCUAUGAAUUGAUCAAUUGAAUAAGCCUUGGGAUCCCAAAUGAACAAAAAUGAGAAUUGAACAAGUAAUAAAGGUAAUGUUACCUCUCCUUAAGAUUGUUUUAUUUUUUUUUCAUAAUACUUUUUACCUUUGACUAUGAUAACAUUUAAGUUCAAGAUAAUGAUAAAACAAAAGGUAGAAUGAUUUGAAUAGACCUGGGGUAUUUUAAAAAAAUAAAACAAAAUCAUAACAUAAAUAUUACCACUCCAGCAAGACAUUGAGCAAAAAUGCAUAUCCGACUGCCGGCCGACAGACAGAGUGACAAUCUGCAAUCUGGUCGAAGACCGAAGCUCUUAAUUACUUUCGACCGAAACUGUAGAUUAACCGAAUGUUAACUUUUCUGUUUUGGCCAAAACCACGCCGAAAGGGAUCAAAUGGCGACUUUCGGCGCCGAAACCAAAAUUCGGUCGUUCUCUAUUAGAAGCAUUACAGUGAUAUUUAGUGCACCAUAUGUUCAAGGCUUGUAACGUGUCGGCUACACGGGUGGUUCCUACACAUGUUUGAUUCCUGGCGCCCUUGCCAAAUUUAGUUUUUACCUGACGCCCUGUGUUAAACUCUAACACAGCGGUUCUCAACCUGUGGGUCGCGAUACCCUUGGGGGGGGGGGGCCGCACGACCCUUUCCCCGGGGUUAGGAAGUAGCAACCAAAAUAAUUGNCGAAAUAGCAAAUACAUUAAAAUGUAAAUAAAAUAAAGGUUUGGAUAGAAUAUAUGAAUUUAAGGUGGCACAUACAGCUUCAGAAAGUGUUGUUUAGAGUACUUUAUGAAACUGUCUGAUUGUGACAACAACCUUAGCACUUUUGAUGUACUCGCUCCCCUGAGUGCUAAAACCUGGAAGAUUACAGUUUUCGGCUUCCCGCAGAUUCAUGGAAACUCUUUUGAUCAGCCGUUUCUAACCCUCUCAAGCAAAAUAAGUUCGUUUAAAAGCAAAAGAAUGAUGAAAUGUAUGUAUUUAAAAAAUAUGUUAUAUAUAUAUAUAUAUAUAUAUAUAUAUAUAUAUAUAUAUAUAUGUAUAUAAUUCUUGUAUUUUUGCUAUAAAGUUCUACUUGGAUUCUUGGCUUUACUUUCAGUGUGGAUCUCCUUGCCAUCUGGAUACAUAUACUCCUAGCAGAGUCUAACUUUUGUCUAGACUGGCGGGGAGAGCACCAGAAAAUCACCAAGUGAUCAACACGUGCAUGGCUUCAUCUCGAUAUUCUCUUGACACUUUCGUUUCGCUUUGUCUCAACACGGAAAAAUUAGGAAAAGCUUGUUCUCCAAGUUACAUUUUCGAGCCUACUUUUUCCCCCCUGAUCUGUCGCCGUAUCAAUUAGAUCCUACUGUGAUAUUUCGAAGGAAAGUGUGGUCCACACUGACUCAAAAGACACAUAUAUUCCCAUCAAUUAUUGUCUUCACGUGUGUGUGUGUGUUAUUUUUUAAAAAAUUGUUACUGAGAAUGGGAGAAAUUAAAAGAAAAAAGAAUACCCCUAAGCACAUCUUGUGGCUUAUAAAUAAACGAAGUUACAAUGCAUCUAAAGCGCCUGGUCGAAUUAGAGCCCCCAGCGUUUCACGACAUAGGGCAAGAUCGUGUAAGGCUAACGGCUUGUCUGUAGCCAAGCCCAAUACAAGGAAGCUGGGCUCCAUCAAGUAAGUCUUCUAACAGAACAUCAAUUAAAAGUAUAAUGAAUUUAAUAAAUUUGCUAGGAGAGGGUAUCGAAUUUGAAUUCAAACUUAUGAAUAAAGGAUCAUCUAUGUUUGUAUGUUUGGGCUUCAAGGGGACAAACUUAUAUGUAUUUAUGUUUAUGGAAAUAUGUAUAUAUGUACAUUCUUUAUAUAUUUUUUUUGUUCGUCCGUCGAAGAUCGACUAGGAUCAUCCGGUCAUCCGGUGACUGAUGACUUGCGCGGCUGACUUUUGUUUAAAGUGAGGAAGAGUUGCGCGGCGUCAACCUCACUCUCUCGUCCGAGCCCACCAUAUCCAGUGGCAGGACUCUACGUCAAGGCGACCAGGGAUGGGUACGGUUGUAGGAAUUGUCAUUGUAUGCGCUUUACGGGACUCCAACUCCGGGUUUGACGUCAGAGUUUCCUUCUCUUAGAUGAGUUGCCGACCAAGGUUAACGAGACUCAUCCACCCGGGGGGAUUUUUUGGCUUGACCGGCCUUUGGGUGACUGGGUGGCCGAAUGGUCUAAACUGAGCAAACCUCAAGUUGGCGGUCUGCAGUUCAAUAUUUAUAAGUAUAUAUAUAUAUAUAUAUAUAUAUAUAUAUAUAUAUAUUCAAGGCGUCAAAAAUCUCUAGUUAAAUUGUAAUAUUUUUGGGUGGCCGAAUGGUCUAAAAUGAGCAAACCUCAAGUUGGCGGUCUGCAGUUCUAUAUUUAUAAGUAUAUAUAUAUAUAUAUAUAUAUAUAUAUAUAUAUAUUCAAGGCGUCAAAAUUCUCUAGUUAAAUUGUAAUAUUUGGUUUCAUGGACUUUUCCUCGUACCAACGCGGGGUCAACGCCCUUGCGUGUUCCGACGGAGCAAAAUUGGUUUGGAAAAAAAAAGGCUAUAUGUAAGGUUCUCUCGGGCUCUUACCUGUGAUGGCCAACAUUAUCUGUUCACUUGAUUAUGUUUCCGAUAACCGUUUUUAAAAAAAUAAAUAAACAUUGUCUUAAGGAUCACAUCAAUGAAAUACACAUUUCAAAGAAAGUUAAAUUUAAAAAUGGACAGUAAAUACUGAAAAACACAACCAUUAAGAACCAGCGUAAUGCAUUCUUUAGAUAUAGAAAGAAAAAUAUUAAAUAUAAUUAUUUAAGGUCAUUCAGACAAUUAUUUUUGGAGGAAAUUUGACCUUUGAACAUACAUUUAAAACUAUCUCAGAAAUUUAAAAAUAAAAUGCAUUCAAACUCAGAAUAAAUAUUCUUUAUUAAAAAAAAAGAACUAAUCUUGAAAAAAAAAUUGCUUGAAAUUGUCGACUGACAUGAUACACAAUACAAAAACAUGUUUAGUUUCUCAACGUAGCAUGAAUAAAUAAAUAAAAUGUUACGUAAAUGAAAUGAAUUAAAUAAAUUAAGUAAACUUAUCCAAUUUGUGUACAAUUUAAAAAAAAAAUCUCAUCCCACAGAAACACACAUAACACAUCGAAAAGAUAUGACGAGGACCAUCAUGGUCAGAAAUAUCCCUCUAAACUACAGCAGCAAAGCUUGGAACAUUACAAGAGAAGUCGAUUUCGAAAGUUUGAAAAGAGGGCCUUAAAGUCUGUGAAGAAGUAUGUAUUCAUUUAUUUUUUUAAAAAUUUAUUCAAUAUGAAAUGCAACAUGUUUUUUCUCCAAUUUUUUAAAAUAUUUUUUUUAAUGAUUUUUAAAAAUUAGCAGAUUUAAGAUAGUUGCAACCAGUACAGGACUUGUUAAAUGUUCGAUGAACUUCAUAAAAGUAUUAUGAUUAGGUUUAAUCUUUAUUGGCGAUGUCCACAGAGAGGAAGGACAACUUGGGAUGUGUUCAAUAAAGCAUUUAUAUUUAUUUUACACGUAAUUAGAAAUGACAUAUUUUGUAUUUUCAUCCAUAGGUUUCACGUGAAUAACAUUAUGAAGGCAUACAUCCCAACAAUAAUAACACUUCUCAAGGAUAAUAACUACAACGAUAAAAUGAAAACAGGAGAUAGCCCGGUCAACAUGGAGGAUGUCACGUGUGCAAAACUGCGACUCGGGCAACAGGAAACGGAUCUCAGUCUCCACCGGUACUAUAGGUAUUAUAGGUUAACAAAUAGGUAUUAUAUGUUAACAAAUUAUUUCUUCAUGAUGGCGGAUAUUCCCAAAACCGAUAAAUCUCAAUUUGAAAUUGAUUCUGUACAAAAGCUCGAUGACACACACAACAAGAUGGUGUCACAGAACAAAAAAAGUCCAGAGCUGAAUCCACGGCUUGCCACUGAAGACAGCAUCAUGAGCGAACUGUGUCAUAAUCGAAAUUUUCGCUUAAGACCUCAAACCCAUAUGGUUAAUUUACUCGAGCUGGGCAGAGAAGCCCCUCCCUCAAGCGUGCAAGGAAUGGAGUGGGCUAGUUUCAAAGACGAGAGGCACAGAAUCCGCUCUUUUCUGAACUACCCCACGCGUGCUGCCAAAUCAGCGCUGGUGCUGGCCGAGGACGGCUUUGUUUACAUCGGCACCGGCAGGAAUAACGACGACACCGUCACGUGUUACUUUUGCUGUGUGAAAAUAAGAGACUGGCAUCCGUCGGAUAAUGUUUCUUACGUUCACGGAAAGAGAUCGUCCAACUGCUCCAUGGUGACACACGUUGAUUGUGAAAACAUCCCAUUGACUUCCUACGCGGAUUUUAAUUAUAUAAUGGACUUGUUGAACCCCCAAACGGACAAUUUUGAGUGCAGGGAAAUGGGUAAACCCUCAAACAUGGACGUCGACACAGACGGUGCAUCUGAUUCUGGGCGUUCACGUUGGACGCAACAGUCCGCAGAUAUUGAGACAGAUGGCGCAUCCGAGACAAGGCGGCCCCGUGUGUCUCAGCAAUCGUCAGAUAUCGAGACGGACUCUCCGCACGAUUCACAGCGUCGCAAUUUUCAUCCUGCUGGAUUGAGUACAGGACAUAAGUCCAUGUCUAAUGAGAGGAUACCCAAUCAACCAUCGGCAGCUUACGGGUUUUCUUCUGUACCCGACUCCCCUGUGAUAAUUCAGCAUCCAUCCACCCCCUUUCCAGGCACACCAGCUUCCCAGAAAAGUCAAGUACCGGUAAAUACCCCACAACCAUCACAUACUACAGCGUCAUCCCCUGUAAGCCAGAGACCCAGCACCGCAAGCCAACCCUCAGCGCCGACAGUGCCUUCAAAUGCUACACGAAAUUCUACACCAAGCGUGCCACAAACUCUCCCGGCGUCUACAAACAGCUCUGUAGCUUCGGCAACAGCCGUUGCGACAUCGACAAGCCUAAACUCAACAGCAGCAUCUACGGUCACGCCACCGUCUGCCAACCAAACCAACUCGGCAGGUGGGACGGUGACGGCACAGAGUGCCGCAGGGCAGAAAGACAAUAAAAGCGGCAAAGGCCCAACGUACGCAGAACUCGGCAUCAUGACGGAGCGACCGAAGCGACCAGAGUACGCCCUUAAGGCCAAGAGAUUCGAGACAUACACCAACUGGCCGAGACAUCAUCACCUGAAGCCCGAAGAUCUUUCGGCGGCAGGUUUUUAUUUCGCUGGUGAGUAAAUUGUUUUAUAACAACGAAAAUUUCUCCACAGUAGAUUUAUAUGCUGAAUAUCUAAACGUCUCACGCCAAGUAACUCAUUAGUAUCUAUUGUAGCGAGUACUAGAGUCCCGGAAACUAUUUUGUAUUUAUUAUAACCAGGAAACUGAUUCCUGGAAACUCUUUUGUAAGUCUUAUAUAUUGUAGCCAGGAAACUGAUUCCUGGUCUCGAUUAAUAUUUAAAUUGCCUAAUUUUAUAUUCUGACAUGUUAAUUAUUAGAUGGCAAAAUACGCCAAUGCACACAAAAUAGCCUGAGGUUAACUUUAAAAUAAAACAAGACUAAGGUUAAAUGUUUAUUAAUGUGAGUAACCAUCGCCUCAUUGAUUGCUCCCUCGGGAGCAAUAAACAAUGCAAUACAGAAAAAUGCUUUUCACUAUAAUAGUUUUGUUUCAACUUCAGUGUUGUUAACUGUUGCUAAAAAUAUGAUUCUAUAUCUUAAGGAUGUAGUGUGCAUUGUAUUUAGUGAGUUCAAGAAUUUCUAAAAAAAUAUGAUUCUAUAUCUUAAAUAUGUAGUGUGCAUUGUAUUUAGUGAGUUCAAGAAUUUCUAAAAAUAUGAUUCUAUAUCUUAAGGAUGUAGUGUGCAUUGUAUUUAGUGAUAUCAAGAUAAAAUAUUAAAAAAAUGAUGAAUUUUGAACACUGAUGCUAUUAAAAUAGACUCUGAACAUUCUAAAUAGAUUUGAAGUCACUCCGCGGCCUAAUUUUGAACACUCUAAUAAAACCAUUGAUCAACUUAACUAAAAAAAAAAAAAGAGGUUUAUUCUGGACCUGCUACUGUUUCAGCCGUACCCAGUUGACGAGACAUACUUUCCCUCCACAGGUUACGGUGACUGCGCCAGGUGUUUCUUCUGCGGCGGUGGCCUCAGGAACUGGGAGGACGAGGACGACGUCUGGGUGGAGCACGCCAGGUGGUUCCCCAAGUGCGCGUACAUCCGACAGCUGAUGGGGCCGGUGUUCGUGGAGAAGGUCCAGGAGCUGAACAAGACCAGGGACCAGGUUAGCGAAGUUCUGCACUGUCGAUACAUUGCUGUGUACUUUCUAUCGCGCUCAUAUUGCUGUGUCAUUAAUGCUAUUAUAGGUCUGGAAUCGUGUUCUUGUAGCACCAACCAGGUAUGGUCUUAUUAAAAUCACAUUAUUUUCAAAAAUCUUGCUGACGUGUUGGUAUCGGGACUUUGAAGAUAGACAUACAACAUAUUGUCAUACUUACGAAAAAAAAAAAAAGAAAACCAUUUUUUUUAACUUCUAAAUUUAUAUAAUAGUUAUUAUUUUUUCCAUUAGAUUCCAUAUGCACUGGUGAUUGAAACUAUGGGGGCUGCAGGCGCAGCUUUUAAACCAGGUAGGUUUGUCUAGGAUUACGAGCAUUACCACCCAAUGUAUACUGUAAAGCUUGUUAUAGAACAGAGUCGGUGUAUAAACAUUUAUAUAUAUAUAUAUAUAUAUAUAUAUAUAUAUAUAUAUAUAUAUAUAUAUAUAUAUAUAUAUAUAUAUAUGAUGUAAUAUAAUUUGUAUAUAAUUGCAUUAAAUUCAAAAUCCAUGAAUGCCUACCACGAGCAAUGUGUUGUAAUAAAUUCAUUCCUUAAAUGUAGUUAAAUGAUAGUUAAAUUGAUAGGAUAUUGUUUCAUUCAUAAAGGAUUUUUUUUUUUAUACUUAGUCUAACUCCCGUAUCUUAAAUUUAUAACCCUGUAAAUUUACCAGCCCCGUCUCCAUUAACGAAACAACUAAAAAUAUUUAACUCAUUCCCAAAUUUUCUAUUACCUUUAAAAUUUUGUCUAUUAAAGUUAUUCACGAUCUCGAAUGUUAAGUGAGGAAUUUCGAAUUCAUAGUCUUAUGGUGUGAAGAUUUCAAACUCUAAAAAUGAUCCUUUUUUUUUCCCCCCAGACACAAAAGAAAAUCCAUGGAUAAGGGAUCCUGCCGUAAAGACGGUGCUAGAACUCGGGUUUUACCAAGAGAAAGAUGUCUUGGAGAUUGCAGAAACCUUGAAAAAUGGAGGUGCGGAAAUCUUACGCCUUUUAUUUCAACUAUUAGAAAAAAAAAUUGAAUGCUGCCAUUUCAAAUCAUGUGCAUGGUCUGUGACCUCCUCAUUUAGUUUGGCCAUACCAUUAAGACCAUACGCCAUUUAAAAUCAUGUGGUCUGAAGUCAUCAUUUAUUUUUGCCAUACCAUUAAGACCAAACGCUGUUGAGUCGUGUAUUCAAGCUAUUGCGGCUACAAAUUUCACUCACACUUUGUGUUCCUUUCACAGCGAGCUUCCUCUCCGCUGACGUCAUCCUGCAGCGUUUGCAAGACAAACAACGGGUGCCCACCACCAAGACGACCCCAAGCAGUUCAGUGUCUAACAACGUCACCACUGUCCAAGACGAAGGUUGGUACAACACGGCUAUCUGUAAACUGUUCUUUUGAGUCCCGUAAUGUAUAAAGGGGCAGCUCUAAAUUUUUGAGGGGGGCCUUGGAACUUAACUUUUCAAAGGUUCCUUUUUAGCCAUCAGCGAGAUCUCUUUACCGUGACAGUCUGUCAGUACCACCAACGUAGAGACGUCGCGCAUCAGGUGAAAGAGCGCGCGCGCGAGAGAGAGAGAGAGAGAGAGAGAGAGAGAGCAAUCAACAUAAGCUAGUGACCCAAAUCAUUACACUCAAUGACUUAUUCAAAGGUUCUGCUCGAUGCAUGUUACAUGCCAAGUAUUACCUACAUAAACUUAAUUUUUUGCGUACGGAAUCGGGAGUCUGAUUACACUUUAAAACAGAGUAAAAUGACUCAACAGGCCCACAGUGUAAUCAAAGAUAAAAAGUAUCGAUGUUGAUAUUUGAACGUUAAUCGACUCAUGUCCAAUCAAUGAACACCGCCAUUAUCAGACACCCAUUUCAAGCUGACUGAGGACCAACCCUCGUAACCCCGUGACAACCUGUCGAUUCAGGAAGUACAAAGUCAGCUGCAGCAUACAAUCCCCAUUAGAUAUCCGGGGACUUGAUUCUUCUUAAGAUAUCAUAAAACUAACAGGGAAGUAAAAAAAAAAAAAAAGACAGAUUUUUCCUCAUGAAAUCUUACCACAGUUAAUAACGAAGUUAAACUAUAUUUGGGGGUUAGGGGUCGUCGCCAGCAACCCCUAUCAGGAAGACACAACUCUAAAUCACGUUUGGCAACGUACAAAGGUCUCCGCGGGCGGGCCCUACUGGGUUUUCGUUAUUGACAUUCGACUGGAAAUACCAGAGGUGGGUGCGAUCACGCAUGCGUGAACCCAUGCGUCAAGUCCGCUUUACAUUGUGUCAGCCGGGCUACGCGGGCUACGGUUGAACACGGCGGGACACGGUUCUGAUCUGACUUUUUAGCCGUAGCUUUCGACGUCGAAAGAGGGGAAAAAAAGAGGAGUGGUGGGAUUUACGGAUAAUCGUCACCGGGGGGGGGGGGGGGGGGGAAUCUUUAAGACGUUUGAAAAAAAUAUGUAAAAAUAAUUUGCAGAUAUUGUAAGAUGCAGUAGAAGUCUUGUCAAAGUCAAGCAUAGUUGUUAAUUGUUUUAAGUUGAGUGGUGGGAUUUACGGAUAAUCGUCACCGGGGGGGGGGGAGGGGGGGAAUCUUUAAGACGUUGGAAAAAAAUAGGUAAAAAUAAUUUGCAGAUAUUGAAAGAUGCAGUAGAAGUCUUGUCAAAGUCAAGCAUAGUUGUUAAUUGUUUUAAGUGUGUACUGUGUAAUAUAUACCUGAACGGGGAAAGAACUUGAACAAAUAGUGCAAAUAUGAAAUGAAAUGGUUUUGACUAUACCGCCGCUGAGCCCUGAAUGCCACAGACCCUGGUAGUGCACUGUUCUGGGGAAUUGCUCAUUAUGUGUUGGAUAGUGGUCGAGGGUAUAAGGGUCUUAUGGUAUGGGGGUCGUAUAGUGCAGUGGUCUUAUGGUGUAGGGGUCUUACGGUGUAGGGGUCUUGUGGUGCUUUAGUCUUAUGGUGUAGUGGCCUUAUGGUAAAGUGGUCUUAUGGUGCAGUGGCCUUAUGCUAUAGUGUUCUUAUGGUUCCGGGGUCUUAUGGUGUAGUGGUCUUAUGGUGCCGGGGUCUUAUGGUGUAGUGGUCUUAUGGUGUAGGGGUCUUAUGGUGUAGUGGACAUAUGGUAUAGUUGUCUUAAGGUAUAAGGGCCAUGUAGUGCAGUGGUCUUAUGCAAGAGGAGUCAAUUAGCAUAGUGGUCUUAUUACGUUAUAUCAGAUCCAAAAAUAUACAACAUGCGUCGACUGUUAUUGCUAAUCUUGAAUCAGACCUUUGAUUUAAAAAAAAAAAAAAAAUAUUUGGUUUAGGGCUGUUCCAAAGUUCAGCACUAUCUUUAGUACGUUCAGAUAGUUACGGUUUGUUACGAAUAUCAUAAAUUGUGCGUAAUUUAGUAUCGUAGAGACAACGCCUGGUUGUUAGGCCUAGCUAUUAACUGUAAUUCCUAUUAGUCGAAAAAGAAUUAGAAAAUCAUUGAACAACGUGACGUGGGAUGUUGAGUGUUGGUUCAUUUGCGUGUUUUCAAAAGUGUUCCCAGUUUCUAUAGUAAAGGUUUGCCCCUCCCAAGAGAUGUUUCGACGCCAUUUUGGGGUAAACAAUAGUAUUAUUCAUCUGAUAGGUUAAUGGGUAUAAAAUUCCUUUUGGCUAUUAAACGUGUGCUGACAUAUUAAAAGAAAGUAGUUCCGUUCAAGUACGUAGUUGACGGAACACGUCAUGCGUAUUUGGCAACAGCUGACUAAGCAAAGGUGUCAUUUCUAUUCUUCCCGAUUCGUAAGUUUUAGAUUUUCCGAAUUGUGUUUGCGGAUAUUCCCAGUAUGAAUUUUCCUUUUAGGUCUCAAAUUUUUAACUUUGGGUCCCUUUCAACAAUCUUUGCAAUUUCCCCAUUUUCAAUAAGAUAAAUGAUUUAAAGAAAAAAAUAGCGUAUGCGUUCAAAUGACUGUGACCACAGCCGAUACAUGGCAGCAAAUUUAGGCAUUGGUAUUGACAAUCGCAGAUUAAUACGUUUAUUUAGCAGAACUAUUAUAUUAUAUAAAGGGUAUCGUGGGGUUCCCCCCCCCCCUGAAAACAAAAUUAGACCAAAUUGAAAGAACAAAUAACUAACUGUUCCAUUCUUUUUUAAAAAAAAAAACUAUCGCUUUUAGUGGUGCACAUGUAAUUCACUAUGUUGCCCCCAUCCCAUUUUACGUUAUUAAGUACAGUAGUGCCCUGGCUGCUGGGGUAACGAUGGGCGACCAAGUAAGGUGGGCAGUGGAUGAGCCGGACAGCUAAACUUAAAACUUCUUGUAGCACAUACCAAAAUCAAGCUUAAAUAAACAAAGAACUCUACUUAAUUUUAUUUUAUUUUCAGAGGCCAUCAGGCAAAUAAAGGAGAGGAACAACCAGCUCCGCCAGCAGACCGUCUGCAAGAUUUGUAUGGACAAGGAGGUCGCCGUCGUGUUCCUGCCCUGCGGUCAUCUGGUGUCGUGUUCCGAGUGUGGUGCUGCGAUGAAAGACUGCCCAGUGUGCAGGGUCAACAUCAAGGGCGUUGUCCGCGCAUUUAUGUCGUAGGGGAGCAACCAAGGAGCAGGUGGGCCCAGUGAACGUGCACAGCAGGAAGUGUAAGCGAUGGGCAACGCCGAUGGGCAACGCCGAUGGGCAACGCCGAUGGGCAACGCCGAUGGGCAACGCCGAUGGGCAACGCGGUGGGAUCAGUUCACCACACCCAUGGCCAACUGAUACACGUCGGAAAUGAGUCGCGCUGACUGGAUGCAGGCCAUGCAUUUCAGCGCGGGUCUUCGGGAAGGUGAACUCGGGCACUUCCAAAGGGUGCCGAGGAGGGUGGGGCGCUGAGGGCGAUGACGCCACGAAGGAUUUAAGGGCCAUCACCGAUGUCAAUGAACAUAUGCAUAUUUUUUCACCGGUUUUUAUCUCAAGCAUGGAUGGGAUUCGAGUCGGUGAUUCAGUCCACUAUGAAGCGGCCAGCUGGCGUUUUUGAGCCGCAUCCAUGGAGACGGAGAAGCUGUUUCUAAACAAACAAACAAACACAAAUCAACAAACAACAACAAAAACACUAAAUUUUGCCUCAGUAAUUAGUACGCUCUUUACCGACGCCUUGAGCUUAGAUUGUGAUGCUGAAUUUUUUUUAUGCAUAAAGAUUUAGUGUUACGUUUGAGUUUCUAUGCUUACACAAAGAAUAAUGAGCCAGUGUACAAUGGAGCUACAAACACAUAUCGCUGCUUCAUUACGGUAUGCCUUAAACAUGAGGAAAAUAGGUUGUUGUCUUUAAUAAUUGAUUUUGUUUUCGGAUGGUGAUGAAAUAAAGAGGGAGAGAGAGAAAGAGAGGGCGGCUUUCACCAAAUAAAUGAAAUAGCGAAACGAGCUAUGUGGAAGCUUGAAAUAAGAUAACAGGACAAAAAACAAGGACGUUUCGGCAUAAAGCCUUCCUCAGCCAACAAUAGAAAUGAAAAUAUAACAAAGAAAAGAGCACAGUAGACAACUCGUGCAGUAUUCAUUCGUCUCUCCGGAAGUGGGAAAACAGGAAGCGAGAGAAUAUAAAUAUUGACACUGUGAAAAAUAAAGUCCACAAUAAUAAUGGACCAGAAUAUCCAGGGAUACAUCAACAAACAGUCAAUAAGAAAAUAGAUGAAAUAUAGGGAAACAGAGAAACGUCAGUAGGAUAUUAUUUGAUUAAUACCAUAUGGAGAUAUGGUGCCAAACAGCUGAAUAAAUUUAUUUUCCAUUUUAACCCUAUCUGGUGUGUUACUGCAUGAAAUCAGUGCCGUAAUGGUUACAUCCAAUGCACCUUUAUGUUCUUUUUGGUUGAAAUGAGAAGAGACCGGGGAAGGUUUACAUUGCUCAAUAUCCCUUAGAUGUUCAGUAAACCUAUCAGCAAAUCUUCUCCCAGUUUCCCCUAUGUAACUAGAUUGGCAUCUACGGCAAACAAUCGCAAAUAUUACAUUUCUGCUGACACAGGUGAAACCCUCUUUAAUGCACUAGAUCGCAUCAGCACGAUCACACGAAAAGAGGCUUUCAAAACUCAAAAAGAACAU